AUGUCAAGUGAUCUGAAAGAACCCAUCAGUGGAAACUUGGGUUCCCAAGAGGACGCAGUGUCCAAUUUUGUCACCCAACAAGCAGACAUAGUAUCUACGGACGCAGCGGCUCUCUCUCCUCAGGAUGUGUUCGAAGCAUGUCGGCUGGGUGACGCCUCGCACGUGAGAUUCCUUCUGGACAGUGGUGUGUCAGUUAAUCUGAAAGAUGCCACAGGACGCAAAUCCACUCCGCUGCACUUUGCAGCUGGGUAUGGUCGACUUGAAGUUGUUGAGCUACUAUUGAUGCGAGGAGCAGAUGUUUCGGCAAAAGAUGACGGCGGUGAGCUAACUACUUAACACGAAUAUCGCAUACUUAUAAGAACCUAGUUGCAAAUUUUUCUAGUCCAUUAGGCCUUUUCUAACUAAGCAUAACUGACCAAGAACGUUCUCCUUGCCACUCAUGUCAGGCUUAAUCCCUCUGCACAAUGCAUGCUCGUUUGGACACGCAGAAGUUGUGCAAUUAUUGCUGGCAGCCAACUCAGACCCGAAUGCACAAGAUAACUGGCACUACACCCCCCUGCACGAAGCUGCAAUCAAAGGGAAAGCAGAAGUCUGCAUCCUCUUACUACAGGUUUGUUGGACACCAGUGUUCUUUUCUGUUGUGGCAAUUAUCUGUCCUUCACACCACUUAUGUUCUGCUUAUUCGUAUAACACUAAGAUUGCAGACUUUCUCCCAACCCCUUUUCCGAAAUCAUUUAUGCACUGGUGCGAGCCCAAGUUUCGACCCUUUUGCCGAUUCUCUCAGUAAGCUAGUUAUUUUAAGGUAGCUGUGCGUCAUUCCGGCCAGGCAUCAUAACGGGAUGGGACCUGGGCACGUCCAACGCGCACAUUUAUGUGCAAUUUCUAUGCAGGGCCCUGCUUCCUAUUCAUUCCCAUGUUAGUAAUCCAACUCUCUCUUUUUGCACUGACGCUGUUAUGAGUUUAACAUGAGGCCUACAAAGGUUAUAUUCUACUGGAUUGUCUUGACAUCAAUCCGUGUUUCGAAGUCAUAACUACUGCUUGCAGCGAUAUUUUUAUUUAUUGCAAAGUUCCCAACUUUUCGUCAGCAGUGAUUUUCGCCAUCUUUCUCAGAGUGGGCUAUAAAAUGAGCAGAAGUGGCGUGCAGUGGUGGUUUUCCAUCAUCCGUCCUUUGAUUCUCCGCAUCACCCGGCCCACGUAUAUUCGAUCUAGGUAAAUUUCAGCUUCAUAGGUGCUAUGGCAGAUUUAAAAUGAUCCCUUUUUGACCCAACUGUGAAAAAUGCUGUGUCUCCGUGGGAUUCGAACACAGUACAGCAAGGGGAGGCUUUAGUACAGCCAACGCUCUAACCACCUGAGCUACGAGGUACCACCAAAUUUCAACCUAUUAACGGUCGAGGCUCCCAAGCCCCGUGUCAGGUCAGCGGUUUGUGAUGAUUCAUUACCUUUUUGCAAGUAAUCUCCUCACAAUAAGCGUUAGCGUGUCCUUCGUAAAUCAAAUGAUAUUGGCUAUUUUGUCGUUACUUUCAGCACGCCUGAUAACGUCUGCUUUGACUACUUUCUGACGGAUUUCGAAGUUAAAUGAGCUAGUACAGGUGUUUGCUCGGGACGUCGGUUAUAACAUCAAGCUACACCUGUUACUCCUAUCAGAGUCUACUGACGGUUAGUUUCACUGGCGCAGAAUCACUUCUGGUUUUUGCCGCACAAUUAUUCCAAGAUUUUCCCAACAGGGCACCGACUAUUAAGUCAAUGGGCACGAGGUCGCAGAAAGGCGUUCUGCCGUCUCUCUUUCGGGAUCGAUGCGCUCCAAUUGUAUGGGAUCUAUCCCCAUCCCUCCUUCUAUUCUGUGUAGUUCUUCUGUCGUUCGCUUUUCGAUUUUUUUUCUAGGAGCGCGGUUGCCCACAAGCCGAAAUUCAACACUUUCUCUGUAAGCUGCCACUCAAAUAACACUGGUAAAUAUUGUCAUUGAACCCAAUAGGCACCAGAACCAGUUAACAUAAAGCGGUUUCCACGACGAAUUUUUCGGUUGCAAGCGUAUAGGACUGAGGAGACGGCAGCAUUCAGUGGUUGCCGGCUGCAAUGAUUCCGGGUGCUUUCGCUAUCUACCCACUUUCUAUAAAUGAAUUAAUACAAACGUCAAGCAUUACUAGGGACCGUCACGACUCCUCUUUAAGUAAUUCAGUUCCAUCGUCUUUGUGAAUCCAACAGCCCUUGCCAGACAUAACUGUUAGCUCUUGUUUGCGAGCCGUCUGGGGAAAAGUCGUGUCGUUCUGUAGAUUCUUUCAGCUCCGAUCUCCCAGUCGCGAGGCCUAGACUGUUUUCAUAACGCAUUUGUUUUCUAAAGACGGAGGCUUCAGAAUGCACACGGGGUCUACUCGGGGUCUUGAAAUAUUCAGAACCUGGCGACAUAAUAACCUCUUUUUGGGGUGCCCUACCACAUUCACGUGUGCACUUUUUCUUGUGAUAAAUUUGAUGCACUUUGCUCGGCAUGGGCUGACCUAGUAGCGGCCGUUUGUCUAUUAAGGGCUCGCAAGGAUGUAUGCUUUGGGAUCAGCGGGCUUCCUAUCGUUAGGGAAAAUAUGUCCUAGACGGUGCUGAUUGUUCAGGUUUUUUGUUAACAAUUGACUUAGGACCGCAGAUUAAACCGACCUUUCACCCUCGUCGCAACCGGCACUGAACCUAGCAGUUUCAGCCGUAACCGCGUCCUUUCCACUUACUUCUGCAGGAUUAUUGCAGUAAUAAGUAAUUCAACCGACUUGCAUUUUUUACUUGCACCUAGAGGCUGUCUGCAUUCUUAUCAGUGAUAAUAUGUAGUAAGGGCACGUCUAAUGAUGACUGGGAAGACAGGAACACCGGCGAAGACGAGCUAUGCCUGCUAGCGUAGCUUCUGACUACCCUAUUUGUCCGAAGGUAGCUAAAAAUAAAAUGGUAUUCGGCGAAGGUUACUUGCUAAAUGAGCGGGCUUUUAGGUUUGAUAAAGAAACUUUCGUGGAGACAGUCCUAGCAGGAUGCGGAGGGUUACGGUCUGGCAGCGGCCGCCCUAUAAAAUGCCGCAAAACUCGAUAAACGGUGCUGUUACUGCGCAUGCUUCUGCCUGGUUGUUGCCAAACGCUUUGGUAGACUAACGUAUGCAGCGGCCGCUCCUCUAGCUCAAACCGAAGCAGUUUCCUCAAAGAACCCCAUCAGGUCCAAGGUCAUAGAAGGCGUCAUCGCAAGACGUGGAUCUGCUGUUGAACUGUCCGACUGACGAUCCGCAUGCUUUCGUGACGAUCUGAACUCCCAGCCUUCGCAUCGUCUGGCCACGCGUCCAGUGCUACACGAAAACUGCAAACUCUGGAGUAAAACAACCUAAGCUCGGGAAAGCGCGUUGCGUAGCCUGCAAAGAUGGGAGAACAAAUGUGGACCGAUAAUGUAAAUGCCCGACACGACACUCUUGUGGAAGCAGCACUUUUCCAGCCUCUGAAUCCUCUCUUCCCUCCUUCUUCAAAUGAAGCCCAGUUAGACGAUGCUUCGUUGUUCGAAUACGACUGCGACUGCAGUGCACAAUCUUGGUAGCAGGCCGUUGGAUCGGCAGUGGAAGUGGGGAACAGAAGAGCACCUGGUGAGACCUUCUUGCGAUGGGAAUCUAUAAGCAUUAUUGGCAGGAAUAUCCAAAUGCCUACAUUUUCCUCUGGCACGCUGGGAAAAAAUAGGCCAAGUCCGCAGAGUAGAGUAACUUUGUCAUCCUCCUGAGCUUCGAGCAAGGCGACUGACUGCUGCAUAAAAACUGCCGUGGCAUUAGAAUUUUUUACAUGGCUGUACCAAUCUUCACUUUCUAUAUUGACUGUGAUGCACAGAAAAGACGAAUAAACACGGGUUACGGUGGAAAGCUAGGACGUGUGAAUCGGCGCUCCCGACUUAUUCCGAUGCUUGUACACCGUCAUUGUCAUCAACAGUCUAUCUUCCUUUGUACUGAAAAUUUUGACUAUGUACAUCUGAUUACCGUCUGUUCGAUCAUGCUGCGUGAUGGCACGUCAUCGAAGAUAUUAUGAUCGAUUCAAGCUUACCAUCAAAAAAAACGUGAACUAUAUUCCAUAUGAAUUAUGAGGAAAGUAACUCAUUCAAUGUUGCCCCUUGCGCUCAUCAGGGCUAUACCCUCUCACCAACUACUCGGGUACGCGAUGAACGGAGUUCUUCAGCACCCUUUUCAAGACGGCCCGGUGUUACAGUAGUUCAUGAUCCGUACAACAGGGAUCUGGCUUACACUGAUGGCCUUGCGAUGCUGAAAGGGACCUUUUGUAGAAAUGCAAUGUGACGUGUUCUAAGUAGGUGCGAAUGAGGUCCUGUUUCUAAAGGGCGAUGAGGAAUGGUCCAUUCGUUCGGAAGGUUUACAUCGCCUGGAAAUAGUCGAUCCAGGCUCAUUUCUCCGAUCGCGUGUUUAAGCAACGCCCUUAUAGUCAGGAAGUCAACUCACCAACCUCUUUACUCACAGGCUGAGAUGACUCAGCCAUCGUUCUAUCCCAAUCUUGGCUUAAAACGGAGUCGAGGUUGUCAACUGAAGACACUGGUGAAUGUGGUGAAAACUGACCUCGAGCAAUGUCUGCCCCUCCGUCUUUAGCGCACGAGAACGGCGUGCCAGCUGUCCAAACUCCCCUAGUAAUUCUGCAUUGACUGAUUUUACUGGAAGGCGACCGUUCGUGAUAUGGUGAACCUGCAGCAUAGAACUGUCCAGAAUUGCGCAGAUUGGACAUCUUCGGGUCCUCCUCAGCACAUGCGUCCUUGCCUCUCGGAUAGAUUUUACCGCCGCUGACUAGAUCUCACCAGUUUCUGAACCUAUGCAAUUCCAGUCCAAAGGACUCGACCUAGCGCCGAGUGUAUCAGGUGGACACUUGUCUCUGUGACACUUUUGACUUCAGUGUUGGAUCCAGUAGGUGGAACUAUCGGUGUACCUACAAAACUGCUGUCCACGUACACUCUGUACCCAACCAUCGAUCUUCUUGCUUCCUCGUCUACCAUGAUUCCACUCCGGCACCUACCUCACCUUUAACAUUCAGCUUGACUAGCCUGUGACAGUUCCUGUUUCCUGCCCACAAAAGGCAUUUAAAAUAGGGAACAUAACUUUUGCCAUGUUAUGAAAUUCGCGGGAAAAAAAACCUCGCAGCUGGGGAAACCGCCCACACUACAUCUCUUCCCCUCCAAAGUUGAAUUUUACAGGAAAGCUGCUAUUCUUAAAGAAAAGCCGUAGUCUGCUGUAGAAAGCAAUUAAGGCUAAAUACACCCGAAAUAAAGUGGGAAGUCUACAGAAAGGAGUAAACUACAAUGAAAAAUAGUUUCAGCUACAAGAUAUGAGUACUUUGUUUAUUGUUCUUUUGCAUGUAAUACACCGGCAAGUCUGUCAGACGUGGAAGGGGCCGAAUUUUUUUAUGGUGUUUUGGUCUGUGUGAUUAUUAAACACGGAGUCCCGUUCAUUGAAAAGUUCCCACAUUAUGCCCUAGUCCCUUCAUGAAGUGCGAAGAUAGUUCUAAUCGGAUUGCGGUCGCGGCUGCUGGCAGUGGUGAAAAGUAAUUGGAGGUCGCGAGCGGAGAGGUUGGCUGUUGUUUGAAAAAACUUAAGUAGUGGUCGUACAUGUCACUGGGACCACAUCUUUUGAGCGGUGUACAGGGGCCUCAUUCUUCAAACUUAUGGCAUUUAUCCGGCAUCGGUGAAUGGCCCUGUGACCGAAGACAUCUUUCGCGAUGUCGAUUAACAGCUUUCAGUUGUCAGUUUUCGUUCUUCACUGCCAUAUUGGCUGCCUGCGAAUUGGAUAACAUUCCUAACCGUCGGACGUCGACGGUUCCCGAAAGCUGUAGUUGGCACAGUAUGUUCUCAUGAGGGGUUAUUCCGAGCCACGACCAUUUGGGCCGCCCUCGUAGGUUUAUCUCAACAUAAUACCUAAUCGCAGAAAUGGAUGUUCUUCCAGAAUGAUGGUUGGUGAUCAGUGUAUUCCUUAGCUUCUAAGAAAAGCUCUGUAAUCAGUUGCCUGCUUUAAAUGAUGUUUUGAAGAUGAAGGUCAAAUUCCCUCACCCCUUUCGUAAUUAUGCUAAGGAUACCAAGAAUAUCCCCUGUGGAUAGUUUUACGGGACAUAUAAUGAUACUUUUUAGUGUCUGACUAAUAAAAUCCUCAGUUUGCUUGUCUGUGGACCAGGUUGGUCUACCAUAUUUAUAGGCACGACCGUGUCAUGAAUAGUCCGUCACAGAGUCAAAGUACUUUCUAACGCUUCACGCGGUAGCAAUUCUGUUGGUAGUUUCUGUACCCAUUCAACGUCGAUGACAGGGAACAAUUGUCUUGACACCUUUGUCAUAUGACUUGAUGGUGGAAAGUGGCAGCAUGCCACAGGCACUCUUCAUACACUAGCUUACGCCCUCUAUUUCUCAAUGCAGUAAGACGAACUAUUGUCAGCCAACUCUACUACUGCGUUUUGUGCCAAAAACACUCCCAAUUUGAAAAUUAGAAUUUUUAGGGUUGAAUCGCCCUCCAAUUCCUUGAAAUGGGUGCGAUUAAUCAUGUAUGACCGCAGUUGAUUUCAAUGGACAAAAAAUCCAACUGAGUCGGAGAUGUGGGAAAAUUAGAAAUCAAAAGCCGGAUGACGGAGAGAGGCGGAUCGACUGUGCAGGAACUCAAUAAUCGUUCGCCUCCUGCAGCUUCUUUACUGUCGGUGAUGCCGAAAGGUGGCUUCAGUUGCGUUAACUUCCUUAUCUUCGCAUGAUCUUGCGUCGUCUCUGCUGCUCCUGGUACCAAAAAGCAAUCAGGGCCCUUGCUUAGUCGCUUUUGCAUUUCUGUAUUCGAAACAAGCAAUUCCUAGAGUCACAACGGCUAAAUUACGAAGUCAUCAGUGUUUGAUCAACCAGUCAUGUACACUGUGCAAGGUUGAGUUUUUAUUUUUCGCCUCCAGGCACAUGCAGAUCCGCUAUUGCGCAACCUCGAUGGUAAGACUCCGUUGGACUUCGCGGAGAGCACCACUGCCCUGGUGUUGUUGGGUGAAUUUCGCAAAGCUGACCUCCUCGAGGCCGCCCGCGCCGGCAAGGAAGACAAGCUCUUGGCUUUGUUAACCCCUCAAAAUGUGAACUGCCACGCUGACGAUGGCCGAAAGUCAACACCCUUGCACUUAGCUGCGGGUUACAACAGGUCUGACUUCGUUCUACCAGUGGUUUAUGAUUUCUGUCUCUGCAACCGUCCCCUGACAACGAACUAAACCUGUCUAAAAGUGUUUCACAACGUCAGGAUGCCCGUUUCUGGCCUAUUGGUCUUCAUCAGCCACGGUCGGGCAUAGCUCUCGAGUUCGACCACCAUUACCUUUUUUAAAAACUAGCUUACAUUUUCUGCUGUAAGCCUUCACUUUGUAUAUUCUACCUCCGGGUUCCGUAGCAUGAUGAACGAAGGGAUUGCCUGCACUGAGGUUGUACGCCUGCUCCGCAGAUGUUAUGAUUCUUUUAGCCUUCAAGUUCGAAGAUUUCAAGCCCCAGCAUUCUUCCCAGACUGUCCACCACGCUGUCCAUUGCUUAUUUUCUACCAUAGUCGGCCAAAGACUUGAGUAAAAUGUCCCUACGUGUUACAUAGUGCCAUUAGCCGCGAUCUGCAUGGACAUCACGCGGAAUUUAGUAGACUUUACGUUGUCAACUCCCUCAGGUCCAGUGCUGUAAUGUGUUUUGGCGUCUUGUCGAUUUUUAAUCACUUUGGUGCCGCCAUCAUUUGCACUUUUUCGUCUUCAGCGCACAAAAUUCCCCGAACGUUUAGUUUUUUUCCAACUACUAUGUAAUAAUUGGACAGAGGCGGAUAGUUUUGAAGCGGUGUAUCGUUCUCCGUCUCAACGAUUGAUGAAGUGGAUGCGAAAGGAAUAAACACCGUACUGUCUGUUCUAAUGCUCAUCGUACUAAAUGUCGUUUGUUCCCUGUCUGAGCGCAGACUUAACGUUACUGUUGCUCAGUCCUUAUCGUUGCGUAGACCUGCAACUGCCCCUGGGCGACCUGGGUACGUGUUUAGACUGUUUUUGGUCGUCGCUUCCGAGGGGCAUCGCGCUACACGUUGACGUGAGGAUAUAGUAAGCUUUAGGAUACGCCCAAUGCCUGCAGGUAACCGUACACAGCCAAACAAAUCGGUGGUCUGGGUAGCUUUGACUGGUUCUCCACAUGCCAGACGUGAAUGCUGUAAGUGCAUACAUUGCGUGAAGAGCGCUACGUACGCACCUGCUGGCCGUAGACGACCUUGGUUUCCGCGAGAGUGGCAGGGUAAUGGGCAAUGGAGAAUCCACUUCCCUUCGACCUGACAGUUUUCUGCGAGGUUACAACUGUACUCCCGAUCACAUCAACACACCUCAUAAUGUGCCUAAUCAUAAUACCUCAGGGGACGUCGUGGUCAUUGACUUAGCGGCGGUUACAGUCACAUGACUCAAUUUCAUUCCAUUGCUCCAUUCACAAGGUUCUGGGUUCUUGCUUGUAUCAUAGUUUUGAAGCGAUGUACUCAAGUGCUUCCCGUAAACAACGUUACUCUCUAGUACAUGAAUUAAACUCAACCACUUCCCUUUUACGAAAUGGUUAACCUAGAGAAAACUUUAGUCAGCAGUGCCUUCUCAGGGAGUUUGCAGACGUGUAUGUUGAUUUUACCACUUAGAUCAGGACAGAACAACUUUUUCCCGGAAAUUUGUGCGUCUCGUAAAAUGUAAAUCACUUGUUUCUGAAACUUCGGGCCAGUUUUUUUGUCAUUUUUCCUUUAAACGCUCCUCACUUUCCUCUUAUCCAAUUGCAGAAGCCGUAUCGUUCAAAUUCUCCUCGCUGCUGGGGCCGAUGUGCGCGCAAAGGACAAGGGUGGUCUCAUUCCACUGCAUAACGCUUGUUCCUACGGGCAUUUAGAGGUUUGCGAAAUGCUUAUUGCUGCUGGUUCUGGUCCCGAACAGGUACACUCAGCCGACCUCUGGCAGUAUACACCACUCCACGAGGCAGCCAGUAAGGCUCGCGCUGAAGUCUGUUCUCUCCUACUGGCUCAUGGAGCCAAUCCUUAUCAGCCUAACAUCCAUGGACGGGCGGCUGUGGAUCUGGCGCCCACUCCAGAGUUGCAGGAGCGCAUCUUACAUGAGUACAGGGGUGAGUUACUGCCGGACCUUUUGACUGUUGGCUGUAUGCCGCUGACCUUGGUAAUCACGGGCAAUCGGAUCAUUGCAAACGGGGACAUUCAAUAUGCAGUCCACGGAGUGGGCGUGAAUUGGUUUAUACUGAAGCCGACUUGUGCGGCGCCGCUCACACUCCUCCCUCAUCAACCUGGCUCCGGUAGCAGUACAGUGUCAGGACGCAGGGGGGUUUGGGCAGUUACCGACUGGUGGAAUAAGGCGAUGUUUGUGGUCCGUGCUGUGUUGGUUGCGGAUGACUGCCUGGAGGACUAAGAGCCAUGCUUCUUCUUCUUCUUCUUCUUCUUCUUCUUCUUCUUCUUCUUCUUCUUCUUCUUCUUCUUCUUCUUCUACUACUACUACUACUACUAUUACUACUACUACUACUACUACUACUACUACUACUACUACUACUACUACUACUACUACUACUACUACUACUACUACUACUACUACUACUACUACUAA